ACCAAAACAAAAAGUCCAACAAAAGAUACAUAGUGAGAGUAACAGAAGAAGAAGAAGAAGAAGAAUGAAGCUAACAAAUCCCUCUCUUCUUCUUCUUCUUCUUGUUCUUCUCCACCUGGUUUCAAAACCCAUCCUUGCUUCUAAAGAUUCGUUGUCAUAUGUGGUGUACUUUGGAGCGCACUCUCAUGUCGAAGAGAUAACAGAAGAUGCCAUGGAUCGCGUCAGAGAAACACACUACGACUUUCUUGGUUCCUUCACCGGAAGCCGUGAGAAAGCUACAGACGACAUUUUCUAUUCAUACACAAAGCACAUCAACGGGUUUGCUGCUCAUCUCGACCACGACCUCGCAUAUGCUAUCUCAAAACACCCCGAAGUUGUGUCCGUCUUCCCAAACAAAGCCUUGAAGCUCCACACCACACGAUCAUGGGACUUCUUGGGUUUGGAACACAACUCUUACGUCCCUUCCUCUUCCAUUUGGAGAAAAGCUAGAUUCGGGGAAGAUACCAUAAUUGCAAAUCUCGAUACGGGUGUGUGGCCAGAAUCAAAGAGCUUUAGAGAUGAAGGCUUGGGACCAAUUCCUUCGAGAUGGAAGGGAAUAUGUCAAAACCAAAAAGAUGCGACUUUCCAUUGCAAUAGGAAACUGAUCGGAGCAAGAUAUUUUCACAAAGGCUACGCAGCCGCCGUGGGACCUCUCAACUCAAGCUUCGACUCUCCACGUGAUCUCGACGGCCAUGGCUCCCACACUCUCUCCACCGCCGGAGGAGCUUUCGUCCCUGGAGUCAGCGUCUUCGGACAAGGUAACGGCACGGCCAAAGGUGGCUCUCCACGUGCCAGAGUCGCCGCGUACAAAGUCUGUUGGCCGCCCAUUAAAGGAAACGAGUGCUACGACGCUGACGUACUCGCAGCUUUUGAUGCCGCCAUACACGACGGAGCUGACGUCAUCUCUGUCUCGUUAGGCAGCGAGCCAACCUCGUUUUUCAAUGACAGUGUCGCUAUUGGUUCGUUUCACGCUGCUAAGAAACGGAUCGUGGUUGUUUGCUCCGCCGGAAACUCUGGACCGGGGGAUGGUACGGUUUCGAAUGCCGCGCCGUGGCAGAUCACCGUUGGUGCUAGUACCAUGGACCGUGAGUUUGCUAGCAAUCUUGUGCUUGGUAAUGGAAAGCAUUAUAAGGGACAAAGCUUGGCAUCCACAGCGUUGCCACAUGCUAAGUUCUAUCCAAUAAUAGCAUCUAUAACAGCAAAGUUUAAGAACGGUUCAGCAUUGGAUGCACAAUUGUGCAAACUUGGAUCGCUUGACCCUAAAAAGGCAAAGGGGAAGAUAUUAGUGUGUCUUCGAGGACAGAACGGGAGGGUAGAAAAGGGUCGGGCCGUGGCUUUAGCCGGUGGCGUAGGGAUGGUUCUUGAGAACACUAAUGUUACCGGGAAUGAUCUAACCGCUGAUCCGCAUGUCCUCCCAGCCACACAGCUCACUUCUAAGGACAGUCUUGCUGUGUCAAGAUAUGUCAGCCAAACCAAGAACCCGAUCGCGCACAUUACUCCUUCGAGGACAGCUUUGGGGUUAAAACCAGCACCUGUAAUGGCUUCGUUUUCUUCUAAAGGUCCAAGCACAGUAGCUCCUGAGAUUCUGAAGCCUGACAUAACUGCCCCUGGUGUGAGUGUGAUUGCUGCCUACACUGGCGCAAUAUCUCCAACAAACGAACAGUUUGAUCCUCGAAGACUUCUGUACAAUGCUGUUUCAGGAACCUCCAUGUCUUGUCCUCAUAUCUCUGGCAUUGCGGGUCUUCUCAAAACUCGUUAUCCUUCUUGGAGCCCCGCAGCUAUCCGCUCUGCCAUUAUGACUACCGCAACAACAAUGGACGACAUUCCUGGACCUAUACAAAAUGCAACCAACAUGAAGGCAACACCUUUCAGUUUUGGGGCAGGACACGUCCAACCAAAUCUAGCUGUGAAUCCCGGUCUGGUAUACGAUUCAGGCAUCAAGGAUUAUCUCAACUUCUUAUGCUCUCUAGGAUACAAUGCAUCACAAAUCGCUGUCUUCUCAGGAAAUAACUUUACUUGUUCAAGCCCCAAAACAAGUCUUGUCAACCUUAACUAUCCUUCCAUCACAGUUCCAAACUUAACAUCAAGUAAAGUUACCGUCUCAAGGACUGUAAAAAACGUUGGACGACCUUCAUCUUAUACCGUCCGGGUGACUAAACCACGAGGUGUUUAUGUCGCGGUUAAUCCCACGAGCUUGAAUUUUACCAAAGUUGGAGAGCAAAAGACGUUUAAAGUGACACUUGUGAAGGAUAAAGGGAAUAAGGCGAAGGGCUACGUGUUUGGAGAAUUGGUUUGGUCAGACAAGAAGCAUCGUGUGAGAAGUCCCAUUGUGGUGAAGCUCUGACUUUUGGCUAAAUCCAAGUUGAUAAUAUCUAUGAGAGGGACUAACUAGAUUUGUAGUGCCAAUGGUGAUAUUUGUUUUUACGAAAUUUAGUUUCUUGUGUUUGAAUGUUAAGGCUUACAAAGAAUGGCGUAGUGGUUGGUGUGGUUUAUCAUAUUGUUCAGUAGUGUAAUGUUGUGGUGAUCAUUAAAUCAAUAAUAUAGCUCAUCAACCAGAUGUUUGUUUC